ACUUAUGUGAUCUUAACCCUAAUAUAUGUGGAAUGGAGGCUGGGUGCUACCCUACAGAGAAUUCCUAUAUAUGCCUGUGUCAUGAUCUGCGACCGGCUGGUUUGAACAAUAGCUGUGAUCGGUCUAAAGAGCUUUCACUAUCCAGUUCGUCAACAGCCAGUGGGGUGACAGAUGGCGUUCUUUCGCCAACAGAGGGAGCUUUUGGCCCUCAUCAGCUACUGGGUAUGCUGUCGACCUCAAAAUUAAUACCUAGCAAUGCCAGUGAUAUGAAUGGCGGUAACAUCACAAAUUCAGUAUUUCCAUUUCAAACACCGUUGGGCUAUUACGGACCCUCAACGGCCAUCAUUGCAUGUCUGCUCUCGUUCUUCGUCGUCUCGCUAGCUAGUUUAAUCAUCUUCAUUUAUCGUCGUCACAGGAAUCAUCUCUGUUGGUGGUUGCCGGGUGGAAGAGUCAGAAGUACUGCCGCGAUGUCUCUUAGCAAGUGUAUGCAACAGUAUGUCACCAAUCCUAACUAUUAUUCUGGUUCUCCGGAUGGGCCACUACUUAAAGCUCUUCGAGAUAUGGAGAUCCCGCAUGAAAAUAUAAUUUUUUUGGAAGAAAUUGGAGAAGGUUGCUUUGGAAAAGUUCACAAAGGUUUGUACACCGCAACUUCAGGCGUAACUUUACCAGUGGCUGUGAAAACACUCAAAGAUAACGUCAGUCCAGAAGCCCAAAAUGAUUUUGAAAGAGAAGUAGAAAUAAUGUCUUCAUUUUGUCAUGAGAAUAUACUGAAACUAAUGGGAGUCGUCAUGAAAGAUGGUGAAUCAAUGCCGUGGAUGGUUUUUGAGUUCAUGCAGUAUGGAGACUUAGCACAGCUACUCAGAAGCAACAGUCCAUUUAUGAGGAAAACUCCUACUGAGCACAUUAUGAAUUUAAGUCAGGUGGAUCUCAUAUGGAUAUCAACACAGAUUGCCAAUGGCAUGGUUUAUCUCUCAUCUCAACAUUUCGUUCACAGAGAUUUGGCGACAAGAAAUUGUCUAGUGGGGGACAACUUAAGCGUCAAAAUAUCUGACUUUGGAAUGUCUCGGGAUAUAUAUACAUCAGAUUAUUACAAAAUCGGCGGCUCUAGGAUGUUACCUAUACGGUGGAUGGCACCGGAAAGUAUUACAUAUGGCAAAUUUUCACUGGAGUCUGAUGUCUGGGCUUAUGGUGUGGUGCUAUGGGAAAUUUUUACCUUCGGAAAGCAACCUUACUAUGGCCAUUCCAACGACGAAGUCGUGAAAUUAAUUCUACAGGGGAUUUUGUUAUCGCCUCCAGAAAACUGCCCGCCAUUUAUUUAUAACAUCAUGGCUGGCUGUUGGAAAACGGAACCACGUGACCGACUAACAUUCCCAGAGGUGUACGAUCGUCUUCUUCCACACAUCCCUGAAAGGCAGACUGAUUCUACUAACACUGAAGAAGUAGAAAUGAUGAUGGAUAAUGACAAUUACCUUAUGCCCACAGCAGUCACAGUAUUGUAGAAUACUACUUAACCAGAAUUAUUAAUUCCUCCGAGAUAAAAUGAUGUACAUUAUCUGAAAUGAAGUCAUUUUAUUGAAUGGAUCUAAGAUGGUGUUUAAAUAUUUCAUUGCGGAAUAUGUAUAUUUUUUUCCUAUAACGUGUAUCGUUCGUGCGUUUUUAAGCAUUGCUGUGGUUAGAAGAUUGAAGAAAAAAUUUAGUAAUUUAUAUGGAGGUUGUUCCCUAUUGAUUCCUUUUUUUACGGUUAAUGUCUAAAAGUGGUUGUGAUAAUGUAUUGAACUAAAUAUGUAUUAAAAAUAAGAACUAAUGGCAUUGUUUCAUAAAAGAAAUCCAA